AUGGCCGAACCGGAAGAGCUGGAUUUGGACUCGACAAUCGAGCUGGUCGACACGCCAAACUCUGAAAAAACUCCGGAACCACGGGGAGAUCGGGUACCACAUCCGGAACAUCCGGAAAGCACGGAAAACCCGGAAAAUUUGGGCGUGAUCGAUUACGCCCUGAAUUUGGGAGCCGCGGCUCGGACGCCGACAUUAAUGAGGGGUCAAUACUACGUGGCUUUGGAUGGGGACGAUAUCUCACCGACCUCCGAAAUUAUCGACCAUGCCGGGGAUGCGGUGGUGGUGAUGCGCACUCCGCUGCACACCCCACAACACCUACAGUACGACGGGAGCGCCGUGUGCAGCGAGAAGACGCCCGGAAACGAGAUUUCGGGCAUCGAUAUUCGCUUUAGGCAGCUGAAAGACGAGCGUGAAAACGUGCAAAAGAAGACGUUCACCAAAUGGGUCAACUCGCAUCUCAUCCGUGUCAACUGCAAAGUUCAGGAUCUGUACGCAGACAUGCGGGACGGCAAGAAUCUGCUGCGCCUGCUGGAAGUGCUGUCCGGGGAACGCCUGCCGAAGCCGACCCGCGGAAAAAUGCGCAUCCAUUGUCUGGAGAAUGUGGACAAGGGCCUGCAGUUUUUGAGAGAUCAGCACGUGCACCUCGAAAAUCUGGGUUCCCACGACAUCGUCGACGGGAACCCGAGACUUACCCUCGGUCUCAUCUGGACCAUCAUCUUGCGCUUCCAGAUCCAAGACAUCACGUUCGAAGAUGCGGACAACCACGAGACACGCUCCGCCAAGGAGGCACUUCUGCUGUGGUGCCAGAUGAAGACGGCUGGAUACCCCAAUGUCAACGUUCGCAAUUUUACCACCAGUUGGCGCGACGGUCUGGCCUUCAACGCCCUCAUUCACAAGCACCGCGCCGACCUGAUCGAGUACGACCAGCUGCAAAAGUCGAACGCCCUCUACAAUUUGGGCAACGCGUUCGACGUGGCUGAGCAGCAGCUCGGCCUCAACAAGUUCCUCGACCCGGAAGACGUGAACGUGGACGUGCCCGACGAGAAGUCGAUCAUCACCUACGUCGUCACCUACUACCACUAUUUCAACAAGAUGAAGCAGGAGACCAUCCAGGGCAAACGUAUCGGAAAGGUGGUGAACGAGCUGCUGGAGAACGAGAAGAUGAUCAACAAGUACCAGCUGGACAGCAACGACCUUCUCGAAUGGAUCCAGCGAAAAAUCGCCGAGCUGAACGACCGAAACUUUGCCAACCAUCUUGAAGGCGUUCAGGAUCAACUGACCGAAUUCAACACAUACCGUACCACCGAGAAACCGCCGAGAUUUGAUGCGAAGGGGGGAUUGGAGGUGCUCAUGUUCGCGCUCCAAUCGGCGAUGCGGGCCAACAACCAGCGCGCAUUCCAGCCGAGGGAAGGCCGAAAAUUGGCUGACAUCAACAAGGCUUGGGAGAAUCUCGAAAAGGCUGAGCACGAGCGGGAACUUGCGCUCAAGGAAGAGAUCAUCAGACAGGAGAAGCUGGAGCAGCUGGCUGCCCGCUUCAACAGGAAGGCCGCGAUGAGGGAGACGUGGUUGACGGAGAACCAGAGACUCGUCAGCCAGGACAACUUUGGAAAUGACUUGGCUUCCGUUGAGGCUGCCACCAAGAAACACGAGGCGAUCGAGACGGACAUCUACGCCUAUGAGGAACGCGUGCAGGCCGUUAUCGCUGUUGCCGGCGAGCUCGAGAUGGAGAACUACCACAAAAUCGACGAGAUCACCGAGCGGAAGGAUAACGUUCUGCGACUGUGGAAUCGACUGGUUCAGCUGCUACUGGCCCGUCGUGUCCGCCUGGAAUUGUCGAUGGGAAUCCAGAACGUGUUCCACGACAUGCUGCUAACGUUGGACCUGAUGGACGAGACGAAGACCCGCCUCCUUUCCGACGAUCUUGGAGGACAUUUGAUGGGAGUCGAGGAGUUGUUGCAGAAGCAUAAACUGUCCGAGAGCGAGCUGCGCACCAUCGGCGAACGCGUCGACAACGCCUGUGAAGCCGCCCAACGCUUCCGGGACCCGAACGGACCGGAUGGCUCCGGAUAUAAACCGGUUGAGCCGGAAGUGGUCGACGAGCGCAUCAAAAUCCUCCGCGAUCGCUACCAAGAGCUGCAAGAUUUGGCCGGGCAGAGACGGCGUCGCCUCGACGACAACAAGAAACUCUGCCAAUUCUGGUGGGACCUCGCCGAGCUCGAGCAGAACUUCCGCGAGCAGGAACAGGUCCUCGGAAGCACGGACACUGGAAGGGAUAUCGUUACCGUAUCCCAUCUCCUCGCCAUCCACAAAAAUGCCGAGAACAAUUUGGAGGACCUCGGAAAGGCGCUGGGAGAAUUGGAAGGACAGGGCGACGAUCUGCAACGCCAACAAAUCCCUGGGGCCGAGAAUAUCCCUCCAAGAUUGGCCGAUGCCCGCGAGUACUACGAUCGCCUUAAAGAGCUUGCCGCGGCUCGUCGUCAACGUCUCACCGGAGGUGUCGACUACUACCAAUUUUUCACCGAUGCUGAUGACGUUGAUGCUCAUCUACUGGAUACCCUUCGAGUGGUGUCUUCGGAUGACGUUGGCAGAGAUGAAUCCACCGCCAAGCUGCUCCUCCAAAAACACGACACUGUCGACCGCGACCUCGACAAGUUCGACGAGCACAUCAAGCAGCUGCACGAGAAGGCCGAAGCCCUGCCCGUGGAGGCGCGCGAGCAUCCGGAUAUCCGCACCCGACUCGACACGACGCUCCGCAGAAAGGCCGAGCUCGAAGCGUUGGCCCAACUGCGGCGUCAGCGUCUCAUCGAUGCCCUGUCCCUCUACAAAUUGUAUGCUGAUGCCGACUCGGUUGAGGCGUGGAUUGACGAGAAGGGAAAACUCCUUGCCACCCUGGUCCCGGGCCAAGACCUCGAAGAAGUCGAAAUUAUGCGCCACCGAUUCGACACCCUCGAGCAUGACAUGCGCAACCAGGAGCAAAAGGUGGGAACGGUGAACGAGCUUGCCCGUCAACUGCUCCAUGUCGAGCACCCGAACUCGGAUGAGAUUCUCCUCCGUCAGAAUCGCCUCAACGCUCGCUGGGCCCAGCUCCGGGAUAUGGUCGACCAAAAGCGCGCCGAACUCGAGAAGGCGCACCGCUUGGAGACGUUCCGCAUCGACUGCCAGGAGACGGUCACCUGGAUCGAGGAUAAGACACGAAUUCUCGAUGAUUCCGAUACCCUCACCAACGAUUUGUCGGGCGUGAUGAAGCUGCAGCGGCGUCUCUCGCUGAUGGAGCGUGACCUCGGCGCGAUCCAGGCCAAACUCGACGCCCUCCACAAAGAAGCCGACGAGAUCCAGAGGGAAAAGCCGGAAGAGGCGAUGGCCAUUCGAGACGAUAUCAAACGUAUCCACCAAGUCUGGGAUCUGCUCAACCGGAAAGUGCGCGAGCACCAGGAGAAGCUCGAUGAAGCCGGCGAUCUGCAGAGGUUCCUCAGGGAUCUCGACCAUUUCCAGGCGUGGCUCACCGCCACGCAACGCGCCGUCGCCUCGGAAGACGAGCCGAACUCGCUGGGGGAGGCCGAGGUGUUGCUCGAGCAGCACAACGCCAUCCGCACCGAGAUCGACGGCUACGCGGAGGACUACCGGAAGAUGAGGGCGAUGGGCGAUCGAGUGACCCAAGACCAAACGGAUCCCCAGUACAUGUUCCUGCGGCAACGAUUGGCCGGACUGCAGGAGGGAUGGGAAGAGCUGCAGCGGAUGUGGGACAAUAGGCUCGAUCUCCUCUCACAGGGACUCAAUCUUCAGCUGUUCCUGCGCGACGCGAAAAGCGCCGAAGUGUUGCUCUCGCAGCAGGAGAACUUCCUCACCAAAGACGACACACCCACCACCCUCGAACAGGCCGAGAAUCUGAAGCGACGCCAUCAGGAUUUCAUGACCACCAUGCAGGCAAACGACGAGCGUCUGGACGCGGUGAUCGCGCUGGGAAAUCAGCACAGCAGCAGCGGGCACUAUGCCGCCGACAAGAUCCACAAGAAAACGGCGAACAUUGCCGAUCGAAGGCAGGCGAAUCGCGAGAAGGCUGAGGCUCAACUCCUCAAAUUCGACGAGGGCCUGAAAUUGCAUCAAUUCCUGUCGGACUGCGACGAGCUGCGCGAAUGGAUCGAGGAGAAGAUGAUCAGGGCCCAGGACGAGACCUACAGAGACGCGAAGACGAUCACCAAGAAGUUCACCCGGCACCAGGCAUUCCAGUCGGAGCUGCAGGCUAACAAGGAGCGGCUGGAGAGCCUGAAGAACGCGGCGCUCGUGCUCGAGACCGACAAGCCAGAAUUCGCGGGCACGAUCGACCCCCAACUGCUCGACCUGACCACCCAAUGGGUCCAGCUCGAAAAGGCGACCGAGGAGAAGGGCCAGAAGCUCUUCGACGCCAACCGCCAGCAACUCUACGUCCAGAGCAUCGCCGAUAUGCGUGAAUUCGCCGAGCAGCUGGAGGCGGAGAUGAUGGUCGGAGGGCCCGAGCAACAGGGCGGCCCCGGAGAUUUGACCACCGUCAAUGUGGCCAUGCAAAAGCAGCAGCUCAUCGAGUCCGAGCUGGUCAAGCGCGCCGCCCAGAUUGAUCAGCUGGCCGCGAUGGAGCCACAGCUCGAGGAGAUGCUCCCCGAUCAGCUUGAGCACAUCAAGGCGCAUCGGCUGGCCGUCCAGGAGCAGCUGCAAAGGCUUCAGGCGCCACUCGACGACCGUCGCCGCCAGCUCGAACGCAAGAAGGCGGCCUUCCAAUUCGGGCGGGACGUCGAGGACGAGAAGAUGUGGAUCGCCGAGAGAUUGGGCCAGGCCAAAGCCCGGCAAUUGGGGGAGAGCCUGCCCGAUUGUCAUCGUCUCCAGAAGAAACAGGGCCAAUUGGAGAACGAGGUCUCGAAUCACGAGCCGUGGCUCGAGGACAUCUGCUCGAAUGGCCGUCAAUUGAUCGAGGCUGGCCACGAAAAUUCGGCCGCUUUUGAGCUGAAGAUCGCCGAGCUGAGGGAGGCGUGGAGCGAGUUGGGAGAAGCCCUGAAGGCCCGGCGGGACGAGCUGGCCGAGAGCGAGAAGGCCCACCAAUUCCUGCACGAUUGCGGCGAGGCUGAGGCGUGGAUGAGUGAGCAAGAGCUGUAUAUGAUGCAGGAUGAGAGGGGCAAAGACCACUUCUCCACCCGCAACCAGAUCAAGAAGCACGAGCGGCUACAGGCCGACAUCGACAAGUUCGCCGACACGAUCAAGCACCUCGCCUCGCAGGCCCAGAAAUUCGUCGAUGAGGGCUCGCCCCUCAGCGACCAAAUCCAAGUCCGCCAGGCCCAGCUCGAAAAGCUCUACGCCGGACUGCAGGACCUCUCGAAGGAGCGUCGCCGCCGUCUGGAGGAGACCCUCGAGCUGUACGGGCUACACCGCGAGAUUGACGAUCUGCUCCAGUGGAUUGCCGACAAAGAAGUGGUGGCCGGCAGCCAGGAGAAUGGGCAAGACUACGAACAUGUACAACUGCUGCAAGAGCGCUUCGCCCAGUUCGCCCGCGACACCGAGGCCAUUGGCGCUGAUCGCGUGGCCAACGCGAACGAGGCGUGCGAUGGCCUGAUCGCCGCCGGGCAUUCCGACGCGCCGACGAUGGCCCUGUGGAAGGACUCGCUGAACGAGGCCUGGGAGAACCUGUUGGAGUUGAUGGACACGCGGGCACAGAUCCUCGAGGCGUCCAAGGCACUCCACAAAUUCUUCCACGAUUGCCGCGACUGUCUGUCGAGGAUUCUCGAGAAGACCCAUGCUCUCCCGGAAGAACUGGGGCGUGACUCGUCGUCAGUUGGAGCGUUGCGUCGCAAGCAUCACAACUAUCUCAAGGACAUUGAGGCCAUUGGAGAGCAAGUGGCCCAGAUUGAACGCGACGCCGGCGAGCUGCGCGAUUCCUACGCCGGCGAUCGCGCCAUCGAUAUUGCCACCAAGGAGGGAGAGGUGGUCCAAGCGUGGCGCAACCUGCGCGGCCAGUGCGACGCCCGCUCGUCGAAGCUGAACGACACGUCGGACCUGUUCAAAUUCAUGAACAUGGUCCGCGAUCUGCUGCUGUGGAUGGAUGAGGUGAAGCGUGAGAUGACGAUGCACGAGCGCCCGAAGGACGUCUCCGGCGUCGAGCUGCUGAUGAACAACCAUCAGAGCCUAAAGGCCGAAAUCGACGCGCGCGAGGACAGCUUCAACGCGUGCAUCUCGCUGGGCCGCGAUCUGCUCAACCGAAAGCACUACGCCUCGUCGGAGAUCGAGAAGAAGCUGAUCAAGCUCACCACCGAGCGCGCCGAUAUGAUGCGCCGCUGGGAGGACCGCUGGGAAUAUCUGCAGCUUAUCCUCGAGGUCUACCAGUUCGCACGCGACGCGGCCGUGGCGGACGCGUGGCUGAACGCACAGGAGCCGUAUCUCGUCUCGCCGGAAUUCGGGCGCAACCUCGAGGAGACGAUCAAGCUGAUCAAGAAGCACGAGGCCUUCGAAAAGAGCUCGUCGGCUCAGGAAGAGCGCUUCCGCGCCCUCGAGAAGUUGACUACGUUCGAGCUGAAAGAGAUGCAACGCCACGACGAGGAGGCCCAACGCCACCAGACAGGCGGCGGCACCGUGUCUUCUUUGGAUAGCCACGGGCAACAACGGCCCGCACUCGAUCGUAGUCGUAGCCGUCUUCGUGCCGAGGAGCCAUCCGGAUGGCGGCUAUCCCUUUCCCGACAGCCCCGAUUCGAUAGAGGCGACCAGAGUGGCGCACAACAGGGCGACGCCUUCGAGGGAACGCUCAUCCGAAAGCACACCUAUGAAAGUCUCGACAGGAAGGCGUCGAACAGAAGCUGGGAGAAGCUGUUGGCUGUAUUGCGGCAGAGACAGAUACAAUUCUACAAAGAUGCCAGACACAGAGACGAAAAUUCACCAGUGCAUGGAGAGGGCCCGAUAUCGCUGUCAGGAUCGACGGUAAGCGUUGCGGCCGACUACCAGAAAAAGAAGAACGUGCUCUCGUUGCGAACGCCGUCCGGAGCUGAAUAUCUGCUGCAAUGCGCAAAUGAGGAAGAAAUGGGCCGCUGGCUGACGGAGCUGCAAAGCGCCACCGGCGGCCUUCGAGAAGAAGAACUGACCCGCUCGCAGACGUUGCCAGAGGGCGUCCACCAACAGCAGCAAAAGGAGAAGAAGGGCGGCUUCUUCUCGCGCCAAAAGAAA